UAUGCAGAUGCUGGCAGACUGUUUUAGAACGGUAUCGAACAUUCGAAUAGAACAGGUUCUGAAUAAGAACCGACUGACUGUCAAUUUCAAACCCUGCUUUAGGAUGAAGGCUUGAUGUGCCGUGUCUGGGUGGCAGUAGUGCUCUGCGCGCGAGGCUCUCACAGACUCAUUCGUCACGGUCAGAGCCGCUUUCUGGGCGGAGAAAAAAAAGAAAUCCAAGUAACCCUCCAGUCGACACUCAGCAGAGCAGCAGCCGCAGUUCAAAACGGAGGACUCUCACGUGGAAUAUCCUGCAGACGUGUUAAAUAAAAGAAAAUAGAAGCAUCUCAUCCAAAGCAAUCACAUUAUCUUUUGGAUUCCCAACAGGUUUGAUGUCGGCUGAUCUGGUGUGAAUCGUUUACCAGUUUAACUUCUGUGUUUGGGGAGAGGAGGUACAUUUCAGCUACAUUCGGGUCUUGUAAACGGAAUGAAUGACCAAGACAAAGGUUGACCCCGGUUCCCCGACGCAUUUUGUCUCGUCGAAGGAGAAGAGGCAAAAGCAGAAAAUGGAGAGCAGCACUGGAGAACAAGAGCAGCCGCAGCCGUCACAACAGCAGCCCGCGCAGCCGCUUCAAGUUACCGAGAAAAAGAAAAUACACCGGGCACCGUCUCCAGCAAGACCCAAGGAUGUGCCCGGGUGGUCCCUCACUAAAAUCCGCGGCGGUAUCGGCACGCCGACGCUGAGCGUGAAACCGGGGGCCAUAUAUUUAGGUGGCCGCGUGUCCAGACGGAGCCCGGUUACCGGGAAGGAGACAAAAACUGAGAAGAGUAAACCCGUGCUGUCCGCGCCCGGUGCCCAGAAGAGCUGCGUGAAGUCUAAUAAAAGCGGCCGGAGAAAAGUUUCGGACACCAGCAUCGGAUCGGAUGAUUUGAGCAAGGACUCCGGCUGCGCUGCGGGGAAACUCUCCCCCACCGACAGCAGCUCCGAGCUUUCCGACUGCGCCUCCGAGGAGAAUAAAGUCUCCACAGAUGCGCUGAGCAGCGACACCGAGACCAGCAGCCGCGGGGGGAUCGACGGAGAGAAAGCGCCUGCGGAACACGGACUGUUGGACAAGAGUGGUCAAACCAAGACCAGCGUGGAGAAAGACCGGCUCUCGCUGGGGAUGGAGACCGCAGAGGGGAGCGUCUCUCCCGGCGAUGAGCGCUCGCUCGCCUCGUUCGACAGCAGGAUUCCCGCCAGCACGUCCUUGGCGUUCUCGGACCUGACUGAGGAAUUAAUGGAUGGGAUGCAGGAGGAAUUUGUCAGGGAAAUAGAGGAACUCAGGUCGGAGAAUGAUUAUUUAAAGGACGAGAUGGAGGAGCUCCGCUCGGAGAUGCUGGAGAUGAGGGACAUGUACAUGGAGGAGGAUGUCUAUCAGCUCCAGGAGCUCAGACAGCAGCUGGAUCAGGCCAACAAGACCUGCCGCAUCCUGCAGUACCGCCUCAAGAAGGCAGAGAGACGCAGCAUCCGCGUGGCCCAGACCGGACAAGUGGACGGGGAGCUUAUCCGAACACUGGAGCAAGACGUCAAGGUGGCCAAAGACGUGUCCAUCCGUCUGCACAAUGAGCUGGACGCUGUGGAGAAGAAGAGAUCUCGUCUGGAGCAGGAGAACGAGGAGCUGAGGGUGAAACUGCAGGAUCUGGAGGUGGCCAAGCAGGUCCUGCAAGCAGAGAUGGAGAAGGCCAGAGAGGUAAGACGUGUUUAAAAUGAGCUGUAGAUAUGACACGUAUCAAAUUUGUG